AUGAACGACGGUGCUCAGAAAGGAGUAAAAGCACAGAAAUCGGCUACGGCAGGAGCAACUGGUUUGGAUGAAUCUCACGGUUCGACGAAUCGUUCUUCCACGCAACAGGAUGCAAUUAAGGAUUCGCGAUCGAUCGUGUUGCGGGCCACAUCGAGUUCGGACGAAGACAAAAGCGUUUCGAAAAAGAAGGAUGGGUCUGCGGAGUUGACGCAAAGACUGUCAAGGACCGAGACUGUCAGACAAGAUGCCAGAAAAUUGAAGACUGCUACGCUUAAUCGAAUGGGGAAAAUGUUUAAGCAGCGCUCCCAAACACCUGUGACCAUGGAUAAACCAUGCCUCGAUAUCGACAGCGAUAUCGUAAGCAACUCGACGCUGCAAAAAAUGAUUUUAAAUGAUAUUUCAAAUGUUUUUUCUCAGAAUCCGGCUAAAACUAUGGAAAGCGAGGACGCAGCAAAAAAAGAGAAGAGCAACUCUUUAGGUAGAAUGCUGAAGCUGGUGGAUAAAGAUGGCUCGCCGAAAAAAAUGUUCCAUCCUCGAGCUGGCUCUCUGAGCCGCAUCCUGCGUCGCAAUCCUAACAACGAGGACAACGAUGACAAAAAGCAUAUAGAUGAAAACGCACCGGGCAUUUUUUCAAGGAUGCUGAAUCAGUUGAGAGGAAAGUAAAAGAAGAGCCGCAAACUUUUAACAUAUAUUCGUAAAAAUAUAAGAAAUGUAAAAAUUCGCGGUAAAAAUCGUAAAUCACGCCUAUCUACGCGGUAUUUACGUAGAUUUUCGAUGUUCAGGACGACCGCAAAGUGGAAAUGCCACGCUGGAGCCUAACUUGAAGACACGGGAGAAAAUAAGCUCGUUACCUCCAAAAGUGCCAUUAAAUUCAAGAACGGUUAAUUUAUCUUCGUCAACGUCCUCUUCAUCGCCACAGACGCGAGUCACCGAAUCGCCGCAAAAAUUGUCAAAUUUCGAAUAUUCGAUUUAAGUCGCCGCCUUCGAAGUAUCGAUACGCGAUAAAAAAUGAUGGUAAUUAACGCUUCGUUCGUUAUAUUACGAUUACGCGGUAGUAAUUACAAUCGACGUUAAACGUUUCUAGAUUCGUUGCAGCGUCGUCCUAUUUAACUCGUACAGUAACGGA